AUGACACCUGUGUCGUUGCCGUCUCUGCGUUUUGAGCCCGUGGGAGCGCUGAACAUGUGCGUGCCUCGUCUGCUUCCGUUCUCUUCGGAGAAAGCGCGUUCUGCAAUUCCAUUCGACCCUGCGCCCGUGUCAGACGUGAUCCCGAAAGCUCGGGACAGGUCCUUGUCCCCACAGCAACCAGAGCUCGCGUGGCGCUCAUCAUUGACGGCCGACCAGAUCGCAGCGAUUGCCAUUGCGCAGCAGGAAACUGAAAAGACUUUGCGUGGUCGAAGCAAGGUCAAGCCUUUGUGGCCACCCCCUCACUCUCUCAUGUCCGAUAUGGCCUCAGAAGACUGGAAGAGAAUGCGCAGGAAGGAGCAGUGUCGCAUCAAUCAGGCCAACUAUAGGAAGCGCAAACGCUACUACGAAGAAGAAAUUGAGUGCGAGAUGAGGGCACUGGAACAGGAAAUUGAACGGCUUCAGACUUGCCAUGCUGCAAGUCUGUUGAAUAGGCGACAGAACGCUGUGCAGACCAUUGGCGACUUUUACUACGCUGUAAGUAUCGAAGGCGGACAGCAGAGGCUUGACGGACGGGCUUUCUGGGUAAAAGACGGUCGCUCUCCAGCACUGUGCUGUCUAUUGGAACUCCAGAGAGAAGAGUUUGACUCGGUCGACUCGUUCAAGUUACAUUGGCUCUGCUACUGUAAGCAGUUUCGAGUGUUCCAGCUCUCCAUCUCUUCAUGUGAGCGCCUGGAAGCGGGCGAGCACGUGAUUAUUCAAGUCACUAGUCAGCUGCGAAUGGACGUCGACUGCGGUGCGCAGCGGCACCGGAGUGGAAACAGUCCGCGCUACGGUUCGAUCACGUAUCCCGUCAUGCAGCAGUUUGAGUUUCGAGAGGACGAGCAAGUCAUCACUCGGAUCACGUCUGAAGUGGAUCUGGUAGGUGGCAUUGCCGCCAUUCAGAACCAGAGUGUUCCAGACUGUACACUCGACGUCCUGCGCUACCUCUCCGAGGGCUUUACCGCAGUUGAACCACUGCCGUAG